AUUUGGAAAUUUGUCGAGUUUUUGUGAAAAAAUAGCAAUUAAUUUAAAACUAAAACAAAAAAUCAAAAGAAAAUUAUUUAAUUUUAAACACUUCCAUAAAAAAAAAUAAAAAUCCAACAUGGCUCAACAGGAAUCACAGGUUAUGAGUUUACCUCUUCCUCCGGUGCAAUAUAUUAAUCUGUUUUCGGAGGAUAGUAUAAGGCGUAAUCGAGCGCCUAGGCCUCCUCCACCCAUUCAAGAUAUGUACAGCAUGUUUGGCAUACAGUACAACAAUGAGGAAAUGAUACGUUCGUUGGAAUCACAGAAUAUUAAAAGACUUAUACCCAUACACUUUGACAGGCGAAAAGAGCUGAAGAAAUUGAAUCAUUCUUUGUUUGUGAAUUUCCUGGACUUGAUUGAUUUACUAAUACAAUAUCCCGACAGUCCUAGAAGAACAGAAAAGAUUGAUGACUUAAGUUUGUUAUUCGUUCAUAUGCACCAUCUACUCAAUGAAUUUCGUCCUCACCAGGCCCGCGAAACUCUGCGUGUUAUGAUGGAAAUGCAAAAACGCCAGCGUGUGGAGACCACCAAUCGUUUUCAGAAGCAUUUGGAACGUGUACGUGAUAUUGUCAACAAUGCCUUUGCCGCUCUGCCCGAAAUCACCGAUGAAGAUCUUAGUGAGGGUGAUGUGAAAAUGGAAGUUGAUUCUCAAGACGCAAAUAAUGGUAGUAAAUCGGAUGCUAGUUAUCAAUUAGAUCGUAUUAUGUGUAAUGUUAUUGAUAACAUGGAAUAACCUUAAAGAAUGUGGUCGGACUGACAAUGAAUAUGGUAUGGUAUAUAUAAACUUUAGUUUGUAAUAAAUUAGUUUUUUCAUAAUAAAAUUAUUUUUAAUGUAUAUUAGAAAAUUAAGUAAACAAAUAUCAAAAAUAUAUAUAAUUUUAUUUAAAAAAAGUAUAAAA